GGAUCUGCGUCAAGAUCCGUUGUCAGUUUAGGUCGGUGCCCCUCGUCCUCGGUUCUCCACCGCUUCGUCCUGACCGUCCUGACAUUCCUGCACAUCUUGAUUCGUUAUUCUCAUUAGUGAAUAAUGAAACUCCUAAUAAUCUUCGGGCUCGUAGGGCUGAUUUCAUGCUCUGGGAGUACCGCCGAAACCCCGAAAGGGCCCAAAGUUACAGAUAAGGUAUGGUUUGACAUAGAAAUUGGCGGCGAACCAGCUGGAAGAAUCGAAAUCGGUUUGUUUGGUAAAACUGUUCCAAAGACCGUAGCGAACUUUGCAGAGCUUGCAAAAAAACCUGAAGGAGAGGGUUACAAGGGAAGCAAAUUCCACAGGGUAAUCCGUGACUUCAUGAUCCAAGGUGGUGACUUCACAAAAGGAGACGGCACCGGCGGACGCAGCAUUUACGGAGAACGAUUUGCUGACGAAAACUUCAAGCUCAAACAUUACGGCGCUGGAUGGUUGUCCAUGGCCAAUGCCGGCAAAGACACAAAUGGCUCACAAUUCUUCAUCACCGUCAAGCAAACCCCUUGGCUCGAUGGAAGACAUGUCGUAUUUGGAAAAGUAAUUAAGGGAAUGGAUGUCGUGAGGAAAAUCGAGAACUUGAGUACGGACAGCCGUGACAAACCGUCAAAAGAAGUGAAGAUAGCUGAUUCUGGUGCCGAAACUAUUGAAGAGCCGUUUGCAGUUGCUAAAGAGGAUGCAACUGAUUAAACCUUGAGCUUCUAACCGGUGCAAUGAAUGUUCCAAGCUCAAUACGUCCACUGAGGCCUGAUGCAUAAAUCAUUUAUGAUUAGAAAUGCAAUGUAGCGUUGUUAAAAAUACCAAUUUUUAUUACUUGUGUGCUACAAUUGGUCACCGAACAAUGAAAUGC